AUGGACGGUGACUCUUCCUCCACAAACAAGUUUGUUCCCGAAUACAGACGCACCAAUUUCAAAAAUAAGGGCAGAUUCUCAGCCGAUGAGUUGCGUCGUCGCAGAGAUACCCAGCAAGUAGAACUUAGAAAGGCUAAAAGAGAUGAGGCGCUAGCGAAAAGGCGGAAUUUCAGCGCUCCAGCUGACGGCUUGGACUCUGAGGAUGAAGAUGAAGCUACCAGCACAGCAGACCAACAGUUUUACGCGCAAUUGCAGGAAGAAUUACCGCAAAUGAUUCAGCAAAUCAACUCUACCGAUUUGCAGGAGCAACUAAAUGCAACCGUCAAAUUCAGACAAAUCUUAUCGCGCGAACACCGCCCUCCUAUUGACACAGUGAUUCAAUCCGGCGUGGUGCCUAAUUUGGUCAAUUUCAUGAACGAAAACCAACCCGAAAUGUUGCAGCUUGAAGCUGCCUGGGCCCUCACAAAUAUUGCCUCUGGCUCCUCAGACCAGACCAAGAUUGUUGUCGAAGCCGGAGCUGUCCCAUUGUUCAUACAAUUGUUGUACUCAGGGUCCGUUGAAGUUAAGGAACAAGCCAUUUGGGCUCUGGGAAACGUUGCCGGAGAUUCUACCGGCUACAGGGACUACGUUUUGAGUUGUGGUGCAAUGCAACCUAUCUUGGCACUUUUUGAUUUAAGCAAGGUUUCGCUCAUCAGAACCGCUACUUGGACUUUGUCUAAUCUUUGCAGGGGUAAGAAACCACAGCCAGACUGGUCUAUCGUAUCACAAUCGCUGCCCACAUUGGCCAAACUCAUUUACUCCAUGGACACAGAAACUUUGGUUGACGCCAGUUGGGCAAUUUCCUACCUUUCUGAUGGGCCAGCUAAUAAUAUUCAGGCCGUUAUCGACGCCAGAAUUCCAAAGAGGCUCGUGGAGCUUUUGAACCAUCAAUCUACUUUAGUUCAAACUCCAGCGCUAAGAGCCGUUGGUAACAUUGUUACCGGUAACGAUUUGCAAACACAAGUUGUGAUUAACAGCGGUGUUCUGGGUGCAUUGAGAAACUUACUUACAUCAACGAAAGAAUCUAUUCGCAAAGAGGCAUGUUGGACCAUCUCCAAUAUAACGGCUGGUAACACUGACCAAAUUCAAGCUGCGAUCGAUGCCAACUUGAUACCACCUCUAGUUAAGCUCCUGGAAGUAGCUGAUUACAAGACUAAGAAAGAGGCUUGUUGGGCCAUUUCGAACGCCUCUUCGGGAGGUUUGCAAAAACCAGAGAUCAUCAGAUAUCUAGUUUCCCAGGGUUGCAUAAAACCACUCUGCGACUUGCUAGAUAUCGCCGACAACAGAAUAAUCGAAGUCACGCUCGAUGCAUUGGAAAACAUUUUGAAGAUGGGUGAAGCUGAUAAGGAAGCUCGUGGCUUGCACAUCAAUGAAAACGCUGAUUACAUAGAGCGUGCUGGCGGUGUUGAAAAGAUUUUCAAGUGUCAACAAAAUGAAAAUGAGAAGAUUUACGAAAAGGCAUUCAAUAUUAUCGAACAGUAUUUUGGCGAGGACGACGAUGCAUUGGAUGAGAGUAUGGCCCCACAAACUGCAGGCAAUACCUUUGGAUUCGGAUCCAAUGUCAAUCAGCAAUUCAACUUCAAUUAA